AUGCCGCACAAAACGUCAUCUCGUGCCUCGUACAAAGGUCAAUUGACAACCCUCAAGAGGAACAUUGAGAGAUUCGAAAAAAAGUUCCAAGAAGUGCAGCAUUCAAUUAUUCAAGAGUGCGCCACUGCUGAACAAAUUGAAGCUGAGAAUUUAGAACUCUUGGCAUUUUUGGAAGAAUGCAUGCAAACUUAUGAAAGGAUCUCGGUUCUCAUAACCACAAUUGAGGAUUCUAAAGAACAUUUGACACCACAAUUGGAUGGAGAUUCCUCUUCCCUCAAUAGACUUCUUAGCCUCAUGGCAAGUCAGUUGGAGGAGCAAAAACUCCAAAGAACUUCAGAGGAAAGGAAGCUGAAAGAAAUUCUGGAAGCUCAGAACAAUAAUUUCCGUUCUUAUUUGGAACAAUCCAGACAAGAACUUCUGAAUGCUUCACUAGAAAAUGAAACAAGUUUUGCGACGCAAUCUUCUGCAAAAUUGGAGCCAAUUAAGGUCCCUGAAUUUUCGGGAUCUUAUGCUUCAUGGAGAACAUUCCAUGAUAUGUUCAUAUCCAUAGUCGACAGCAAUCCAUCGUUGACUAAAGCGCAGAAGAUGAACUACCUCAAAAAUGCUGUCAAGGAAGAGGCUGAGCAACUCAUCAGCAAAUUCAGCAUCUCAGAUGACAAUUACGCAAGAGCUUGGAAUCGUCUCAAAGAGAGGUACGAUGACAAACUUUCCAUAAUGUGCGCGCUGAUGGAUCAGUUUUUGGACCAGCCGUCAAUUACUCAGCCCAAUGUUGGAAGUAUCAGGCGCAUCCAAUCUAACACUUCAUCAGCAAUUGACGCAUUGGAAGGGAUGAACAUUACUCAACGAGAUCCAUGGCUCAUCCAUUGGAUACUGAGGAAAUUUGACAGAGAAACUAAGUGGCUUUGGGCGCAAGAGAAUCACGAUAUCUCCACCACCACAUGGGAAGAUUUCGACCGGUUCCUGAACAAAAGAUGUCGCGCAUUAGAGCACACAGGACCCUCUGAGGACACUCCUGAACCAGGUCCGACAUUCAAGCCUUCAGCAUCUUCCGGUGAUUCUGACCAAUCAGGAUCUGCCCUUUGCGUUACAACUCAAAAUUCGAUCCCAGACACUGUCGCCGCCAUGUCCAGUCAGUUGGCUUUGAAUCCCACGAUUCAUUCUGCGGAUAAGUUAACUUCCUCCACAACACCCACGUGUUUAACUACUAACGGGGGAGUUCACUCCAACGUGCUUUUUGCCACUGCUGUGGUAACGGUGUUAGGUCAAAACAAUCAGAAACAUUUCUGUCGAGUUCUUUUGGAUCCAGCUUCACAGGUUAAUAUCAUUAGCACCAAUUUGUGCCAACUGUUGAAGCUCCCAUGUAAGAUUUCUCGUUUUUCCAUCAAUGGAGUAAAUGACAGCACACAAUUGUGCAAACAAGAGACUCAAGUCAAACUUGAAUAUGAGAUUAACAAUAUUCUCAUGAGCCAGUCUCUUGACUGUCUAGUCAUGCCACGUGUGACUACAGACCACCCCAAUUGGGAGGUCAAUGAUGCCAAGAUCAAGAUCCCAUCUCAUCUUAAGUUAGCAGAUCCCCAUUGGAACCACUGCCAACGUAUAGAUCUUUUGAUAGGUGGGGCAAAUUCUUGGGAUUAUUUCGGUGUCGACAAGUAUGAAUUGGGAGAGGGCCAACCGCGUCUGCUCAAUAGCGUUUUCGGAUGGUUAGUAGUAGGUCCUUGUUUUAAGGUCUCACCACCUCAAUCCGUCUCUUGCAACGUCACCACCUUAGCUUCACUCGAUAAAACCAUGAAACAGUUCUGGGAAAUCGAAGAUAUCCCCAAAGAGGACGUCAAAUCGUUUGAGAAAGCUGAGGCGGAGAAAUCCUUUGACACAACUGUCACUCGAACUAAUGAAGGGAGAUAUCAAGUUCAACUUCCUCUCAAUGAGAACAUUCAGGUCUUACAUUCCAAUCGAAAUCAAGCAUUGCGUCAAUUUUCGCACCUUGAACGCCGACUUGAUAAGAACUUGACUCUCAAAGAAUUAUACUUAACUGUAUUUCGUGAGUAUUUACAGUUGGGAAUUAUUGAACGGGUCCCUGCAAACCAAUUGUUUGCUCCUUCAAUACCAAAAUAUUACAUGCCACAUCACUGCGUGAUUAGGGAAAAUGCGUUGUCCACCAAAGUUAGACCAGUAUUUAAUGCAAGUUCCGUCACAGCGUCAGGUGUGAGUCUCAAUGACUGCUUGCAUGUGGGACCUAUCGUUCAGCCCCUUCUGAUUUCAAUCCUUUGGAGAUUUAGGAUGCAUAAAUAUGCAUUAACCUGCGACUUUGUUAAAAUGUAUUUGCAGGUUGAGCUUCACCCUUCCCAUAGAGACCUGCAAAGAUUCGUGAUCAGACUCGACAAUGAAAUCGAAGAUUUUCGAUUUACACGGGUUUGUUUCGGGCUUGCCAGCUCUCCAUUUUUGGCAACUAGGGUUCUCAUGCAGUUGGCAGAAGACGAAGGUAAUCGAUACCCAGCUGCAGCUAAAUUCAUUCGCGAGAAUACCUAUGUUGAUGACUGUUUGUUGUCAGCACCCACCGUUGAUGAGGUUUUGAAAAUUAAAGAAGAAUUGAAGUCCCUAUUUCUCUUGGCAGGCAUGGAAUUGUCCAAAUUUCAAUCCAACAGCUCUGCUGUGAUGGAAUCGGAGGUUUCCUCUUCUACUAAUGAGGAAGUCAAUUUGAGUUUCGAAACCAAAACCCUUGGAAUUGUUUGGCUACCAAGUCAAGACUGUUUUCAGUUUCGUGUUUCCAAUUUGGCUGAUCAAGCUCUCCCAACUAAACACCACAUUCUAUCCACUAUUGCGCGUAUUUAUGACCCAUGUGGCUUUGUUGGUCCCAUUCUGACCAGAGCAAAAUUAAUAAUGCAAGCAACAUGGAUUGAAGAGCUUGACUGGAGGGACGAAGUAUCCCAGAGUGUGAGGGAAAGGUGGCGGGAAUUCAUUUCUGAUCUGCCAAACAUUGAAGAACUGAAAAUCCCACGGUGGUAUUCCAAAUUUGACCGGGUGGUUGGCAGAGAACUCCAUGCGUUCUCGGAUGCCAGUGGGUCGCGUAUGGCUGAGCUUUGUGCUGCAGUUUUGGCUGUGGAUCUCAUGAUCUCAAUUUCACAGUCACUGGCAAUUGAGAAUUGCAAUUUCUGGACUGAUUCAGCUGUAGUUUUGUGUCAGAUCCAUCAACCCAAAAUCAUUUUGUCACAUUCAAAAACCCACCAAUGGAAUUAUGUGUCAACGCAUGAGAACCCGGCAGACCUCAUCUCGCGAGGCACAAGCGCCAAAGAUUUAUUAUCGAGCGACUUAUGGUGGUCUGGACCCAAGUGGUUGUGCCUUAAGAGGGAAAACUGGCCCCCAGUGUUCUCUAUUUCGUCAUUUCACAUGCGUUCUCCUCAAGCGUUAUGCUUUGUGGAAAGUUCCAUUCCCAAAGGGGGAGAAACAGAAACACAAAAAUUUCGUUCAAUUUACGAACAUUUAGUUUGUCGUAUUGGAACAUUCACGCGUAUUGUCCGGACGCUUGCGUGGUGCAUCAGAGCUUCUGAUUUCUUCAAGUCUCAUCGACGUGUAACACGAUCUCUUAAGAUAGCGCAACAAUCACCACUAACAGUUAGUGAAAUUUGCAAGGCUGAGACUUUGCUCAUCAAAUGGGCACAGCACGAGGAAAUGCCUGAAGUGGUAAAUGCAGUGGCUAAAAACACCCUCGACUCUAACAACAAAUUGAAAUACAUCAGAAAACUCCGUCCAUUUCUGGAUUCUGAUGGGGUAUUGAGGGUGGGGGGACGACUUCAUUAUUCUAAUGAACCCUACGAUGUCAGGCAUCCCAAAAUUUUGCCAAAUGCAAAAAUUUCCCAUCUCAUUGCCGUUAGAGAGCAUAUCACUCUGAUGCACGCAGGUCCGCAACUUGUCCUUUCCCAUUUACGCCAAAAAUACUGGCCAAUUCGUGGUCGAAACCUGGUCCGAAGAGUUUUCCGUGAAUGCGUUGUUUGCAAAAUAGUCAAACCUCCGUCUUGCGAACAGCUCAUGGGGGAGCUUCCCGCAUGUAGAGUAUCUCAUAUCCGACCCUUUGUGGCCACUGGGGUGGACUUCACGGGCCACAUAAUGAUUAGACGUUUGCCCAGAGGCAAGUCCUUGGAAAAAGCGUACGUAGUAGUAUUCGUAUGCAUGAGUGUAAAGGCCGUACACUUAGAAUUGGUGACAUCAUUGUCAACAGAGUCAUUUAUUGCGGCACUGAGAAGGUUCGUAGCCCGUCGCGGAAUUCCCAAUCAAAUGUUCAGCGAUAAUGGGACAAAUUUUGUUGGCUCAGAUAACGAGCUAAAGACCCUGCUCAGUCACCAUGCAUCCCAAGAACGAAUUACAAAUUUUGCUUCAUCCUUGUCCAUUCAGUGGCAUUUCAAUGCCCCUGCUACUCCUUCUCAUGGAGGAUUAUGGGAAUCCGCCGUUCGUUCUUUCAAACACCACUUUCGUCGCACGGUCGGGCAAGCUCUGCUUACUUAUGAGGAGAUGGUAACGGUCUUGGCUGAAAUUGAGGCCAUUUUGAACAGUCGGCCUCUCGUAAGUAUUUCCGAAGACAGUGAAGAUCCUGUCAUUUUGACACCAGGCAAUUUCUUAAUUGGAAUUCCUCCUUUACAACUGCCUGAUCCUUCUGUAGGCCAUUUGGCCAUGAAUAAAUUGAGUAGAUGGCAAUUAUGCCAACGCAUCCAGCAAUAUUUUGCUGCUCGCUGGAAGAAAGAAUACCUUUCAACACUGCAAAUCCGCAGCAAGUGGGAUAAAAGGCACAAAAAUUUAAAAGUUGGAAACGUUGUGCUUUUAAUUGAAACCGAUAGUGCCACAACUCAUUGGCCACUUGGUGUUGUGAGGGAAGUUCAUCCGGGGGUUGACGGAUUGGUCGAAGCAUACGAGGAAUCUGCUGACUCGCGUCUCUUGCCACACGCGGCGGCUGGACACAUGAUCCUCAUGCCCGUGUGCAGAGGCGGAUUCCUCAUGGAUAGGAAUAAUGCGUCAACACCCACUUUACGAGUUUUCCAGGAAUAG